CCUCUACAACCACCCUUUUCCAUUACGAACGAGAACUUUACUAGGUUACUUAGACUUCUCUUUCGGAACCCGGGGGAAUUUAUUCAUUUUUUGGUGCUCUCCUUUUUUUCCAUUUGUCUCUUUUUAGCUGCUGCAUCGAGGUACUUCAUCCUCGACAACUCCACCUCCGAAUGCUCGAGAUUCGACAGUGAGGGAAAACGUCCCCCAGUCUAAAAUAUAUAUUCCCCUCACAUUGCCACCGACCGAUAAACCACCUCCAACAUGGCGAGCCUAGACGGCAUCCUGAUCGGAAUCUUAUCGUCCUUUGGCUCUGCCAUCCUGAUAGCCCUGAUUUUCUUAGUCGUAUACUUCUUCAGAUACACGACUUCCGGUCGCAUCUUUCUUGGCCGGAUCGGUCGGCCUGGCGAAUAUGAUGAUGAGCAGGCAUUUGCUAGGGAGGAGGCGGAGGCCCUGGAGGUGAUGGAUGAUAUGCAAAGGAUAGAGUACCUAAGAGCAAAAGCAUUUAUCCAAGCGAAUCCGCCCGAGUCGCUUCAAACAGACAUUUCUUUAUCACAAUACCUAGCCAUACAAGAAAAGGGAGUUUCAGCGUGGGAGUUCGAGCCGGAGCUGGAAAUCGCCAACUGCUUCGUUGAAGCGAGAACCGAAAUUGAGUUCUUCGAUUCCGAAUGCACAGUUAUGAGCAAUCUGCCCGUACCAAAGCAGAACGAAGUCUACUACUGGGAAGCCAAGAUCUACGAUAAACCCGAAACCACAUUGCUUAGCAUCGGCAUGAGCACGAAACCUUACCCUCUUUUCCGACUUCCAGGCUUCCAUAAAUAUUCCAUCGCUUAUACUUCCAUCGGUGCUCGACGGUACAAUCAGCCCUUCAACGCAACUGCUUACGGGCCUCAAUAUGUUCAAGGCGACGUUAUCGGGGUUGGUUAUCGUCCAAGGACAGGGACCAUUUUCUUUACCCGUAACGGCAAGCGAUUAGACGACGUAGCUCAUGGCCUGAAAUCCCAAAACUUCUUCCCAUCUGUUGGCGCGAACGGGCCGUGUACCGUACACGUCAACUUUGGUCAGGCCGGUUUCGUAUUUAUCGAGGCGAACGUGAAGAAAUGGGGGCUCGCUCCGAUAACCGGCAGUCUGGCACCGCCGCCACCUUAUGGAAGCGAACAAGGAAGCAUCUUACUCGAGACCGGGCGCAGGAAAGACGAGCAGCCCGGGUCGCCGUCGAGGGGUCACGGCUAUGCACACUCGGUUCAGCGGUACACUAAUAGUGGCCCAGGUUUAAACCUAGGGCAUGGGCGGACGAGGAGUGGCAACUUCAGAGUACUUCCGCCUACGAGUCCAGGACCACAAAGAAGUCCCACUGAUAUUUCCCUCGCGCAGCUGGUUCCUUCGGAUGAAGCAGGUGAAGCCAGCAACGCUAUCAAUGCUGGUGGGGACCAAAUUGUCGACAUCGUUGGAUUAGGUCUACACGAAGCAUCACACCCACCGCCCGAGUAUACCAGUCCGGAACACUCGGACGAGGAUAGUUCAGGCUCCGAUAGUGAUCACGUUCCACUGAUCAGAUCAGGUCGCAGCCGCGGGGCAUCCGCAGCCACAAUAAGACCGAGCAACCCCCCAAUUCCUAGCUAUAGUGACGCUGUUCGACAAGGUGCUGGUAGGGACAGGAGCCGCAGCGACAGCGCCAUGCCUAGACGGAAUGGCGCGUAAAGCGGUUAGGCCGUCCAUGAACCUAGAGUAGCGAAAAAAUGAUUUAUCACUCAGCGCGGAACAGGGGAGUUUACGGUCAGGAAAGGGCGCAACACACUUUUUUGCUUUGCGUUUGC